AUUAUGGUCGUGACGUGUAUCAGAGCGGUGUUCUCAGACUGUGACUAUGAAGUUAGCUGGUUUGGUUACCGGUGAAAUUAAUUGAGUCGCGGAAGAGAGAGAUUAACCAACGAAGUGUCUUUGUUCUGCGAUUCGGUAGCAAUAAUGCCUGUGAUGGCCGGCGGAGUACAAGGACGGACUAGCAGAAAUGUAACAUUAUUCGUCUUAGUUCCGCUUGCCGCCGUGUUGUUGUUGUCGGUCGGAGUUGCUGCUGUUCCAGAGGAGCACAAUCCUGUCCAAGAGCAGCUACCACAGGAGAAAGCCAGUAGUCCUCAUCCAGUGGGCCCAGUAUUGUCUGAAAAUGACUCCACCAAAGGAAACCUGGGUUUCAUCCAUGCAUUUGCGGCCUCUAUCUCAGUCAUCAUUGUCUCAGAACUUGGAGACAAGACAUUUUUCAUUGCAGCCAUCAUGGCCAUGCGCUACAACCGUCUCACCGUGCUGGCCGGUGCGAUGCUGGCUCUGGGACUCAUGACUUGUCUUUCUGUGCUGUUUGGUUAUGCCACCACCAUUAUCCCAAGAAUCUACACGUACUAUGUCUCCACGGCUCUUUUUGCCAUCUUUGGUGUUCGUAUGCUGAGAGAGGGUCUGAGGAUGAGUCCAGAUGAAGGCCAGGAGGAACUGGAGGAGGUGCAGGCAGAGAUCAAGAAGAAAGAUGAGGAGCUGCAGCGGUCCAAGCUGGCCAAUGGGACUCCAGAUUUGGAGGCUGGAUCAGGGACAACUUUGCCUCAGGGAAAAUGGCACAGCUUCAUCUCACCCAUCUUCAUCCAAGCCUUUACCCUCACCUUCCUUGCAGAGUGGGGGGACCGCUCUCAGCUGACCACUAUUAUUUUAGCUGCACGGGAGGAUCCAUUUGGAGUUGCAGUGGGAGGCACACUUGGACACUGUUUGUGUACAGGACUGGCUGUGGUGGGUGGGAGAAUGAUUGCACAAAAAAUAUCUGUCAGAACAGUUACAAUCAUUGGAGGGAUUGUUUUUCUGGCGUUUGCCCUCUCUGCCCUGUUCAUCAAGCCAGAGGCUGGAUUUUAACAUGAUGAAAGACUUUCAGGUUUACUCUGUAUAUAUGCGUCACGUUUGGUUCCGUUGCUGUAGAGAGACUUAAGUUUUGUUUUGUGUACAUGUUCAACAGAAUGUGUGAAAAGUUCAACAGAAAGCCAAAGUCCCGCCCACCUUCCUUGGAAAUCCUCUGUUCCACUACAGCAUGUAACUCAGGGGGGGUUUUCAUGGAGGUAGGAAAAAAAAUCUCAACCUAAAGCGCACACUAAAACCUCAUGGGAAGUGUAGUUGUUAAAUAGUGUUUUAUUUUUAUGAUGUACAGAGAUUAGACACACAUUUGGUUUAGAACCGGAAAAGUCUAACAAAGUAAAAGUCUUGGUACUGAACAGGUGGAGCACAGACUUGCCAGGAGAGAAGGCAGUACUGUGGCUUUCUGUUAGAGAGCUGGAUUAACAUCACAUAGCUUGUGAGAUAUAAGAGUUCUGAUGAAUGUCCUCCAACCCAGCAGUCAUUUUCUAACAGUUUGACACUGUCUUUUUGUUUAUAAAUGUUUGAUUCUCAUUUGUUAAACAAGUGCUGUCAGGCCUCAUCUAUAUUUACUCUCUGAGCGUCUCUUUUUAUUGUAAUCUGUUUAAAACAAAAGAAAAGAAUGCGUUAACAGAUUUUAAGUGCAUAAAUACAUCCGUCCAUUGCAUUGUCAAAUGAGUUCACACAAUGCUGAUUCUCCAUAUAGCGAUGUUUAGUUUUCAUGUCACCCAAACAUUGCAGAGCUGCACACAGGAAGUGAUUUGUUUUAUGUCGAGAUGCAUGGAGGCAACAUCUAUAUUAUGCUAUUAAAGCGAGACGGAUGCAAUCAGGUUGGAGUGUGACUCAGAACACAAGGAAACACAGAGGAAUACAUUUCAGAAGUUCAUUUUAAUUUAGUUUUACUGGAUAAAAGUGUACCACCGCACUGCUGCUGUAUACACACAAACACUCCCUCAGUCAGGUCUGAUAGCGUUGCUUGACAGAGCCCGUUUUUAUUUGAGGCAUGCAGCAUAAAAAUGAUAUAACAUCUCUGCUCUCGCAGUUCAAACAAAUAAAAUCACCAAAAGAAUUUACUCCUGAGUAAAUACCAUGCUGAGUGUAGGCCAGUGUUCAGUGUCACAGGUUAAUACUUCUACUCUGAUCAGAGCCAUUUUCACAAAGAACCUCCGUGCCUCAGACGUUACUGCCCCAAAUCACCAAGUCAGUAUAACAAAGGAAACAUGUCUCCAUUAGUGACACAAUCCAUGCUGCCAUUUGUCCAACUUCAUAUUGACAGAAUAAUGUGUCUCCCUUUUCUCCGGAAGAACCCAUUUUGUAGCUCUUAGCAACGCCUCAACUGGCAUUACAAUAAAACCUGUUUUUCCUUUUUAUUUAAAACAGUGUGUAUUUAUUUAGAUUAGUUUUUCUUUUUAGAAUAUGUACUGUAGACUUAAAAACCGGAUGGGAAAGGGGUUAAGAGAAACGAGGAAUGGAAAUAUUUUUUUAAUUGUACAGGCUAAAGCUGCUCUGUCAACGUUUGACAAGCCGUGAACUACGUCUGUACAUCUGUGAUACAGGGUGUUUGAAAUGUCUGUAAAUCUGCAAAACACUCAAUAAAAAUGUUUCUUGUGUUUGUCUAA